AUGUUAGCCAAUACGGACGCCAAAGCAACUAAGAAAAAGCCAUUCUGGAGAUUAUCUAAGAACAAAAAUAGGAAUUCAGUAGAAAUAUCCAAAGUUGACGGAUCAGCUGAAACGCCUGUGCCACCGAAUGCAACAUCGCCAGUUGGUGAAAAUCUGCGUAGUCUCUUCAUGGAUGAUACCGUGAUAGGACGUAGACGAAGUAGUCUGAGUGAUCAAGCUAAUGGUGUUAAUGGAAUAUAUCCAGAUAGUGGGUUUUCUCAUGGAAGAUCAAAUCGCGAAUGCCGAUCAAUGUGUAUCCCCUCAGGAGAGGAGAGAAUCUUUCUAAAGGAAAUUAAAAAUGCUGGAAUGUCCAUGCAGCUCAAAACUCACGAUAUCCACGUUUGGUGCCAAAAUCAACUCUACCGCGUUAAUCGAAUCUUUAGAGAAAAUCAAACUGACGAAGUAGAGUUCUUGAAGAAACUCUUUCAAAUUUUCCUGCCAAAGGAACCUUUACCCGUAGACAUCACAAGUGUUUUUCAAGUUUUGGACGAACAACAAAAGGCAUUCCGACCCAUUCGUAACAACGAACUAUUUCCAAAUGGUUCCCUGCUGAAAUUGAUAAUCAACAAAAAUACAAAUCCCCGGUUGGGAAUUAUUGAAUCAUGUACUUUCUCUCAACAAAACAGCAAUACCAGUUCUCCUUCGAUUCACUCAAAUAACCAAUUGCCCGAUUAUUUGGCCGCCCCGCUACUUGCUCGAAAAUAUCACACCACCAUCUCCACCACCUCAGCAACACCAAUCGCUGCAGUGCUCGAGAAACAGGAAAUACCCGAAGACGUUGCAAUUUCAAAUCAGUCCUCAUCUCCAGGGAGCAUGCAUUCACAGACACCUGGUGGGACUCCCACUCGUCUACCCAUACAUUCGACUCUAAUUCCAGCUACCAUGCAAGUGGGUGCAAAUGGGGAGCGCCAUUUACUUCUCCACUAUCCUGAUGGGCAUACAGUGGCUGCGACGGCACUACCCAAUCAGUCUGGUCAAUUCCAUCUUGUUCCAAUGAUUUCCAAUCAUCAAGCAAUCCCACAGGCUACACAGGCUCAGGUCCCCCAACCUCCACCAAUGCUGAGAUUGGUACAGACUGCUACUGAUUUGCCUCAUUCUAGGCGACAGAGCAAUGGUGAAUCUCAUAUGCAUCUUGUGAAAAAUAAAGCCGGGCAGAAAGUGAAAUUGGUCUGUACCUGCCCUCCUGAAUUGCAUCAAACCAUUCGUCAAGCACAAAUUGAUGGAUCCAAUCCCAACAGUCACCUAGCGGAGGAUGAAUCUGCAAGAAAAAACAAAGUUUCAACAAGAAAUUAUCAAGAAUGGGUUAAUUCAAUUCCAAUAAUCGAUCAGCACAAUAUUCCAAGUGGCGAGAGCAGUGAAACCUUUCAAGAAUCCGAUUCCUCAGGGGGGAGUAGUUAUGGAAAUACCUUCUCCAAUUACCGACAGAAAGUGAUUCUACCGGAUACCCUCCUCAAAUCAGUGCUCAAUGAUCAAGCUAAAAGAAACUCAAAACCACCUCAAACACUUGAGGAAGCCCAGUACGUUUCCGCUCAAUAA